AUGUGCGCAUCCGAAGCUGUGGCCUCAUGCGCUCGCGUUGGUAAGUUCAUGGCAGCCAAAGAAGUCGCAACACAGGCUGCCAUUCAGGCUAGCGAUGAUGGCUGCGUCAAAGUCGAAUUCCAAAAUGCACACUUCUCGUGGAGUCAUGAAGGCUCUUGUUCUACCUCGAUCACGUCCCCUGUCCCCAUGACCCUGAAGGACAUUACGUUGACGCUUGUCCCGAAGACCCUGACCAUCGUGGUCGGUCCAGUCGGCAGCGGCAAGUCGAGCCUCGUCAGCGCCAUCUUGGGCGAAAUCCACCAAGUCGGCGGCACCCGCACCGUCGCCGGACGCGUCGCGUACGCCAAUCAAGAAGCGUGGAUCCAGCACGCCACACUCCAAAACAACAUCCUGUUCACCGCCGACAUGCACGCCGACAAGUACGACCGAGUGCUGUCGGCAUGCCAGCUCAAGCCGGACCUGGCCAUGCUGCCGGACGGCGACCAGACCGAGAUCGGCGAGCGAGGCAUCAAUUUGAGUGGCGGCCAGAAGGCCCGCGUGAGUCUGGCCCGAGCCAUGUACCGGUCGGACGCCGCCGACCUCAUCCUGCUGGACGACCCGUUGAGUGCGCUGGACGUCCAUGUGGCCGGCGCGGUGUUCCGGGAGUGCGUGCAAGGGAUGUUGCAGGACAAGACGGUCGUGCUGGUGUUGAACAGCCACUACCACUUCCUCCCCCACGCGGAUCGCGUGGUCGUGAUGGAGGACGGCGCGAUCGUCGGCGACGGCUCGUUCGACUCCAUCAAGGACGCCUUUCCACACCUUAUGAGCUCCUCCGACAAGGUUGAUGCCUCCCCGCCAACACAUGCUGCGACACAACCCACAGUGAGCGCACAGGUCAAGGGCGGCGAGUUGAUGACAAAGGAGGAACGCAGGGUCGGCAACGUGAUGUUUGCAACUUAUGCGUCUUACUUCAGCGCUUCAGGCUGGAAUCAAUGGCUGGUCGUGGCGGCCAUUGCAGCUGCGUACACGCUAUCCCAGGCUGACUUGACGAUGGCCGAUUGGUUCAUGGGGUACUGGGCCAAACACCCAGGCAACAAUGGCUCGUCGACCGUGACGUACGUGGUGCUCGCAGCUAUGGCAAUGGUGCUGGUGUGGGGUCGAAGCUUGUUUGUGCUACUGUCGUGA